AUGGAUCCUCUCAGCACCACAGCGAGCAUCGUUGCCGUCAUCCAGCUAUCCGCAAAGGUUGUCCAAUACAUCAGCACGGCAUCCGGCUCGACUAAGGAGCGGCAGCGGUUGCGCAGAGAGAUACAAGCAUGCGAUGAUACUCUACAACAGCUGAAGGACGAGUCAGACGAUUCGGAGACUGGGAAGUCAUGGUCGAACACGGUCAAGGCUCUCGAGGCGCCUGGCGCACCUUUGGGUCGUUUAUGGGCCAUCAUGCGCUCUCUCGAGACUAGCCUCGAGCCCAAGGAUGGUCUCGCCAAAGCAUUCUCAAUUCUGAGGUGGCCAUUUGCAGAGCGUGAAGUGGGCAAGAUCAUCGGCUCUAUCGAGCGUGAGAAGAGUCUUCUGCAGAUCAGCCUGGAGAACAACUCCCGGAAGCUGAUCCAGUCCAUCAAGGAACGUGGAGAAGAGAGCGCUAGGCAGCUGGUCGAGCUUAUCGAAGCCGUGAACAAGGCCUCGAAGAAACAGUCGGACCAGCUCGUGCAGCUAAAGGACGGCGUAGACCGACUACAUGAGCGUCAAAUCACUCAGGAGGUUGACACGGAACGGCGAGCCAUCCUGGACUGGCUCUCACCUUUAGGAUAUGCCGCGAUGCAGAAUGACUAUGUCAAUCGAAAGCAACCGGGCACUGGCCAAUGGUUACUCGAUGAACCAAAAUAUCAGUCGUGGAUGAGUGGCGACAAGCAGACGCUGUUUUGCCCAGGAAUACCUGGUGCCGGCAAGACGAUCCUUACAUCCAUCGUCGUCGACGACUUAUGCAACAGGUUUCUAGAUGACCCAAACACUGCUGUCGCAUAUAUAUACUGCAACUUCAGACGUCACGAGGAACAGAAGGUCGAUGAUCUUCUGAAAAGCCUCCUUGAACAAUUUGUCGAACACCUCGCUACUCUGCCGGAGUUCGUUCGACAUUUAUUCGUGAAACACCAGAAGCAACGCACGACCCCGACGCUUGGAGAAAUACGGGAAGGCCUUACAAUCGUCGUACAAAAACACUCUAGAGUCUUCCUCGCCGUUGAUGGAUUGGAUGAAUGCUCCGCAGCUGACCGUUCGAGGGAUCGCUUCUUAUCCGAGAUGUUCAAUCUCCAAAGACUAACAGGGCUUAACAUCUUUGCGACCUCAAGAUUCAUCCCGGAAAUCACCAAGGCCUUCGAAGGUACGCCAUCGGUAGAGAUUCGGGCCAGCGAUGGCGAUGUCUGUUUGUACCUGGAAGGCCGCAUGCCACAGCUUCCGAAGUUCGUGUCUCGCAAACCUGAUCUCCAAGACGAAAUCAAAACAAGUAUCAUACAGGCUGUCGACGGGAUGUUUCUGCUCGCGCAACUCUACGUUGAGUCGCUGACUGGCAAAAGCUCGACUAAAGCAGUCCGCAACGCAUUAUCUCGGCUGAAAAGAGGCUCUGAUGUAUAUCACCUGGCUUACAGCGACGCAAUGGAACGAAUAUUAGGACAGGUCAGAGACCAUUCUGAGCUUGCCCAAUUGGUUCUCUCAUGGAUUGCGUGUGCGAAAAGGCCACUCACUACUGUCGAGCUCCAGCAUGCUCUUGCCGUGGAAAUCGGGGAACCUGAAUUGGACCAGGACAACCUCCCAGAUACAGACGACCUCGUUACUGUAUGCUGCGGUCUAGUCACCGUCGACGACGAAAGCGGUAUCAUCCGCUUAGUUCAUUACACUACUCAGCAAUACUUCGAGAGGACGUGGAGCAAAUGGUUCUCUGGUGCAAACGAUAUGAUUGUGAAAGUCUGUCUCACCUACCUUUCCUUCGAUACCUUUCCCAGUGGGCCCUGUGCCACCCAAGCCGCAUACGAGGAGUGUCUCGAAUCAUACCCCUUCUACGAUUACGCGGCCCAACAAUGGGGGCAUCAGUAA